GACCAUAAUCCUUGCAUUGCAGAAAACCCUGCAAAGGAGCCAAAUCUGAGGGCCCCGGAAUGCACUGUUGCGCUGGGGAGCCGUACGAUCCAGAAACAGACACUUGUUGCAAAGAUAAAGGAGAGGAAAAAACAGGCAAAAUGAGUGAGAAGGUGUCAAAAUGCUGCGGACUCGAAGCUUACAACCCACUCAACGAAAUGUGUUGUGACUUUACUGUCCUACCUAAACCUUUUCCCAUGGCGGAGUGCUGUGGAAAAGCGGCCUUCAAUAGCAAAACUCAGCUGUGUUGUGGUAAAAACUAUACGAUCUUGGACAGAAGUUCUCCGGACCAUGAGUGCUGUUAUGGGAGUCAGUUCAACAUCAACGAAGAGUGCUGCUGCAGAGGUCAAAUUGAACGCAAGGUCUCAGGCUGCUGUGGUGAGAACAGCACCACUGUGACAGAAAUGAAUCCCCCUGCCAGUCUUGUUCGAGAGCAUCAGAGGUCACAUUUUUGUGGGUCAGCGCUUUACAAUCGAAAGACCGAACGCUGCUGCCAGAGGAAACACAAAGACAUAAACACUCGAUGCUCCUCAGGUGUAAAACCUUCACCAACUGUUUACGACCCAAAGACACACAUCUGCUGUGACGGCUGUUUGACACUGCUGAAGCCCUGGAUGGAUCAGUGUUGUGGAGACGCACCAUACGGUGUAGCGCAGAGGGGAGUCCUCUGCUGUGAAAACCGCCUGUACUAUCAGAGAGAGGAUGGAGAGGAGUGUUCGGAGAGCGGAGUACCUUACAAACCCUUUGCAGAGACCGUGUGUGCUCAGAAGCGGCACAAGUCACCUGGAGGGCACUGCUGUGGGGAGGAACUCUACCAGCCCAACAAAACUGUUUGCUGCAAAGGACAAAGAUACGAUCGAGGAGAACACAUUCGCUGCUGCGGCAUUCAUGCCUACAACAUUUCGGACCCACUAAAGAAGUGCUGCGAAGGAACUCUGCAUAACUUGACGAUUGACGGGGAAGAAAAUGUCCUGGAGUGCUGUGGAUCCAAGCUGCUGAACCCAACAAACCAGGAAGUUUGCUGCACGGGUGAGGAACAGUCCUUGUUCUAUCCAGCAAAGGAUGGAUUUCAGUGCUGCGGUCACCAAUACUACGACUCUACUCUGUGGUCAUGCUGCAUGGGCAAGCUCAGUCCAGUACACCAUCAGAUCACCCAUAUACGACCCACCCCGAAAGAAUCCAAACUUCAACUGGUGAACAAUCUGAACAAAACGCAGCUUUGCAGUGAAGUGUUUCAUUGGGGUUGUGGAAAGCGUGUCUCGGAGCAGCACCGUGUUCAGCAACGUGCUGAAAAUCAAAGGGAAGGAGGCCACAGUGGAACCAGAUGUUUUCAUCCUGGAAACACCGGAUCAGUGCAAGUUCUUCAAACUGACUGCCGGAAAGACCUACUUCUUCAAUCACGCCGACGUCUUCACUGAUUUCAACCACGAGUCCGUCCUGCAGUCUCUGCAUUUCAUUCUGUCCAAAUGUUCCCAGUAGGUCACCACUGGUUGGUCUGGCCCUACGCCUUUUCCCAAAACCUUGUAGCUCUAACUUUUACUUUAAGCUCAUAUUUCCAUGUCAGAAAGUAAGUUUACUUUAACAGUCUCAUAAUGUGAAGUGCCUCUUUACAUUUAUUACCGUAAUCUGACAAAGGCUACAGUAGAGGGUCGAUCCAAACAUCAUAAUGGUUUGGAGACAAAGAAGCUAGCUUAAAAAGAGUAGGUGUUCUGAGAGAACAUUAAAAACUUGUUUUUAUAAGCUAAACUGCUGCCAGCUAAUGUGUUUAUUAGAAAUAUAUUUUUCCAUUUUGAAUAUAUGCUAUUUUUUCUCUUUUUUAUGCACUGAUUGGAUUUGUACCGCACUCUUGACAAUUGAAUGUUGAAAUAUUUAAAAGAUUUAUUUUAACUUACUCAAUAAAGCUAAAGAGAUUUUUAAUAAAUAAUAUCAAGGGUGGUGAUUCUGCCCCAGGCCUGUCUAAUUACCUCAGCCAUCCGAAGAAAAAUCGACUUAUGUCAGUUUGCAUCAAGUAAUUAUAUUGUCAUUUUUGGUAGCAUCUCAAACAAAUGUGAUCUUCAGGAGAAGAGAUGGCAGCGCCUUAAAUUUGUUUUGCUAUUUCAUUUCUUUCUGCUGUUUAAAUGUGAACAACCAGACAAAGCUGAAACUAAGAGAAGCUUAGUGAUUGUCUACUUUUAUCAUUACUAACAUUUGUUUUUGUGUUGCAUGUUGAAAACAAAGAUAAAUGUACUGGUGGUGCUUUUCAUUUUGUAAUAAAUCUUAAAUAAAAACUUCAAAUCAA